AUGUUAUCGUUAGGUUAUCGAUUCCACCCCACCGAUGAAGAGUUGAUCAACUAUUUGAAGAAUUUCGUGCUCCACGGAGUGUUGCCACCUAGGGAUUUUAUUAAAGUAGCAGACCUGUUUGAAGAUUUGGAGCCAUGGGAGAUUAUGGCAGGUUCGGAGGAGAAAACACGUUAUUUUCUUUCGCGAUUGAAGAGAUUCAAGAAUUCAACCAAAAAAUUCUCAAGAACAGUUGGAAAAGGGACUUGGAAGGGCCAAAAUAGUGGUAAUCCCAUUGAAGAUGGAAUAAAGAAGAAUACUACAAUUGGAUAUAAGAGAAGUUUGAAGUAUAAAAGUGAUAACGAAAAAGAUGAAAAUAAUGACAAGUGGCUCAUGAAAGAAUAUUUUUUGCCAGAUGAGUACUUUAGGAAAAGCAACAAGAACUAUGCAUUCGUUAUUUGGAAAAUCAAAGAGAAGAAAAAAAAUGAGAAAAAGAAUAAGGGGGUUGUUAAUGAUGAUGUGAUGGAGGAAGAAGUUGAUGAAUUUAUUGAUUAUGUAUUAGAAAGCAUUCCUGAUAAUCAUCAAGUAAUUACCAACGGUGAUGACAAUCGAUUCGCGGUUGCAAACGAGGUUAAUUAUGAAUUGAUGAGGACAAAUUAUGAAGCAAGUACAAGCACAUUGCAUGAAGAUUACGGAGGAGAAGGCAGGAGUAAUUAUUUGGAAGGUGGUGGAGUUGAGGACUUUAAUGGAACUAAUCAUCUACUAUUAGGAGUUGAGGAUAUUAAUGAUGAGAAUUGUUGCAUUGACUAUGAUGAGUUGCUGGAAAUUAUUGGAUAA